CUGAGCUUGAUUCAAUUCCCGAUUCCCACUGCUUGGAAUCGACUCUUUUUGACAGAACUUCCUAACUCGACUCCCAGCGAAUGAAGUAUUUAUUCAUAUAAACCAUAAGACAGUUGUGUGGAGUCAGAAUGAAAAGAAAGGCACAAAGCACAGAGUUCAAGCCCCCUCAUCCUAGAGAAUUUACAGGAGGUAAUCAGGAGAGCACGGAGAGCGCCACCUCUGCUGAAACGACAGAGCCACGGCCUGUUGAAUGUGACCAGUCUAAACAACAUCGGUUAGAACGUAGCAAAGAGGAAUCUGUCCAUUCAAAUGAACAAGACAUUGUCUCCGGUCCUAGUAGAACCCUUCUUGAUAUGGAACAAUCCAACGUCAACACGAUGGAAACUGAAGAGUCGAACAGUUACACUAAAAUCGAGACCCAGGACAAGUCAGAUUUGGAAGAUGCCAUCAUAGAGCAUCAAUUGGACAAAGUAGACAGUGAAACCAAGAUGAUCUCUAGUCCUGAACCACAGACAUCUCAAGUAGCCCAAAGCUCCUCAAACCUUCCUUCCACCGAACAUCCCUCUGACGGAACUGAAGAGGAACCUCUUUGUGAAGAAGUCAAAGAACCCAAAAAUGAGCAUCCACAGAGUAUACCUGCCACAGUCGAUAACGGUUCCAGCGCAGAGACCGAAAUCGUGGAGCCCCCAGCAAGGAAGAGGAUAAAAAGGAGGAUGGGAAUGUGUGGGCUUGGAGACAGAAAGAGGAGAAUCCAUAUUGGAGGGGAGACUUUUAGACAGGUUCCUAUUGGAAGAGCGAAGGAAGAAGGAGCCGAAGCAGCCCGUAAAGGAGGUGUAGAUGUACAACAAAGUUCACCAGAAGAUGGUACCCUGGUGACUGGGUUAGAAACAACUCUGGGAGAAGAGAAGAGAGAGUUGGAUGACGCAGGAACUCUGGGAGAAACUCGUACAGAAAAUAGAAGUGAUGUAAUAAACAAUACAACGCAGGAGAACGAUAGUUACAUGAUGAUAGAGAGUGAAGGAACCUCAGGAGAAGCUCAUGCAGAGGACACAGAUGUACUAAAAGACGACACCUUGGAGAAGAACGGCAGCUCUGAAGUUGAUGUAAAGAGCAAUGGAUCCUCACUGAUGGAUGACGAAGAAGCGAUUGGGAAAGCAUACAAGGGCAAUGAGAACAUCUCUGAGGAGAACAAUGAAGGAGGUAUAGAACCAGCCUUGGAAGAACAUGGAGAAGAACCGAUCAGCGACACUGUAGAGGAAAAUCAGGGUUCUGCAGUGGUGGAUGAUGAAAGAACCACAGAAGACCCUUUCAAACAAAACGAGAACAUAUUGAAAUUGAACACCUUAGAGGAAUACGGUGGUUCUAAUCUGAUGGUUGAAGGAACUAUGGAGGAACAUCAGACAGAUAAGGAGAACAGUUCUGCAGUGAUGAAUGAUAGAGGAAAAUUGGAAAAACUACCCAAAGAUAUUGUCUUAGAUGAGAAGAACGUUGUGCCUUUUGAGAUAGACAGUGAGCAAGUUGCAAAAAAUGGUUCUACCCUGAUGGGUAACGAUGAAUCUGUAGAAGAACCUGGUGCUGGUUUAGAAAACAAGGGUUCUGUACUUACGGAUACUGAAGGAACCUUGGAAGAGGAUGGUGAUGCUUUUAAAAAGGAUGAAGGUACCACUCGACAAGUGGUGUUAGACCAAGAUUGCAAACUGGCAGAUCAAUCUGAGGGAAUGGUGCAAGCACCCUUAAGCCCUAUCGUUGAGCACCACCUGAUCAGGGUCCGAGAUGGACCGUCUGUUAGAAAUGACCAGGAGCCAAAGUUCUUUGCUGAGCUUGAUGCUGGUGACAAAUUGAUUGACGAUACCACUGAGGUCACGAAGGAAGAACCUGAGGAAGAACUUUCAAAGGAAGAGAGAGGUGUGCCUACCAAGGACGCUUGUAGAAGUCCUGUUCAAGUCCUUCAGGAGGUCCACCUGGGAUGUCCGGAGGUUCUACUCGCUCUGGAAGAAGUUAAAACAGUAGAUGAUCAAAGUCCACCAAGUUCUGUUGCGCACAAGGUUUCCCAUGACCCUGAGCUUAACAAACUGAGCGAACAAACCGAGGACCGUCAGGACCGUGAUGAGACCGCUCCAGCCCAGCUGAUUGGAGAGAAACGCAGUGCAGAAGAUUACCAGAAAGGUGCAGAAUUACCUGAAGCGCCAACUAUGCCAGGACCAGAGGAUGAUGAGUUGGCUCGAGAGGGACUCAACCGUACAGAAGAGCUCAGAGUGGCUACAGGACCAGCUAGUGGUCUGGAGGACGACAUGCAUCUCGGUGACCCCACGCCGACCCCGGAUCCUGGUGGGCUAGUUUAUGGACCGGACUCGUCGGCUGUGCUGCCGCUUCACUCCGUGAGCGACUCCCAACUCCACGACAUCGCAGCAAGCAUGGAGAUGGAGGAUCGUUUUUUCCACGAAGGGUUUGAGGAGCAGGAGGACGCUACGGAGCUCGUCCGUGGCCUCGUCGGAGAGCUCUCGUCUUUGAACCGUACGGUGAUGGCUGCGCACCGGGAAACGGAGCUCCUGCGCCGUGGCAACAGACUUCCCAAGCCUCAGAUCCGCCGCAGCGCCGCCCCCCGGCACGCCGAGAUGUAACGUCCACACACGGUCACCGUAUACAUCUACUCGAUUCCAGAUCCCAAGACUAGCACUCUACCAGAGAGCCGCACCGCAUACGGGUUUAAACACACCAUGCUCACUACGGAUCAUCCACCAACAACCUCCCUCCCUCCCUCCCUCAGGCAUGGCCAGUUCUGCCAAACAGUGAGCACGCUUAGAUAGAUCACAUGGUCCAAAAGUGCCUCAGUGAGGGAAAUAAGCAUGAAAAACAUUUUGGGAUGGUAUUUAAAGAAAUUUUUUUAGGUGAGGUUAGGUUAGCUUUUAUAGCUCCAGUGCUAAACUAUGUUACAAAUUACAGAACAACGACAUGUCCUGGUUAAAGUAGGGUUUGGUUUUGUUGAACUACGAGUUAAAUGUUUUUAUUUGGUUAGUUUUGAUUCAGAAGAGCUUCGGAUUUUCUGGUUCUUUAGUUCCAGAACUUUCUCUUACAGUUCAGUAUGUUCGUGGUUGAAUAAAAUUUCACGUGAGUUGU